ACAGGCGGAUUUGCUGAGUUCUCCAGCUCUUUCCAUGGUCUCUGUGAAGGAAAAUCCACUCUCAUCCCUACUUGCAUUUCUCAACCCUGCCUACCUGUCUCCAACAUUGGCCCAACCAGAAUCCUGCCUCAUCUCUAUCUUGGGUGUCAGCGGGAUGUCCUCAACAAGGAGCUGAUGCAGCAGAAUGAUAUUGGCUAUGUACUGAACGCCAGCAACACUUGUCCAAAGCCUGAUUUUAUUCCAGAAUCUCAUUUCCUGAGAGUGCCUGUGAACGACAGCUUUUGUGAGAAAAUUUUGCCUUGGUUGGAUAAAUCAGUCGAUUUUAUAGAAAAAGCAAAAGCAUCAAAUGGCCGUGUGUUAGUGCACUGUUUGGCUGGAAUAUCUCGCUCUGCCACAAUCGCUAUUGCAUAUAUCAUGAAGAGAAUGGAUAUGUCCUUAGAUGAAGCUUACAGAUUUGUGAAAGAAAAAAGGCCAACCAUUUCUCCCAACUUCAACUUUCUGGGCCAGCUGUUGGACUUUGAGAAAAAGAUCAAGAACCAGAGCGGUCAGCCGGGACAUAUUAGUAAGCUGAAACUUCUCCAUUUGGAAAAAAGCAGCGAGCACGUGCUGGUCCCAGAAGGUGGGCAGAGCAGCCUCUCUGCUAACCAGCUCUGCAUUACUGCUACCUCCGAGAUCGUGGAACAGAAGCCGAUGGACUGCGGCAGCGCACCACGCGGGCACUUGUCCCCUCUGGAAGACGGCCCGCUGGUACAGGGCAUAAACGGACUGCACGUCUCCUUAGACAAGGUGGAAGACAGCAACCGGCUGAAGCGCUCCUUUUCUUUGGAUAUCAAAUCCGUAUCCUACUCGGCAAGUAGCAGCUGUGUGACUGCAUCGGUUCAGGGCUUUGCCUCCUCGGAAGACACCCUGGAAUACUACAAACACGCGACUGCUUUAGAGGGCAGCAGCAAGUUGUGUCAGUUCUCCCCUGUCCAGGAGGUCUCGGAGCAGACCCCAGAAACCAGCCCAGACAAAGAGGAAGCAAACCCUCCCAAGAAACCCCAGAACCCCUGGCAGCUGGAUAGCCAGAGCAAACGGCAACACCUGGGGAGAGCCAGCGGCAGUGCCACCACGCAGCGGUCGCUCCUGUACCCGCUCCACCGCAGUGGCAGCAUGGAAGACAACUACCGAACGAACUUCUUGUUCGGCCUCUCCACCAGCCAGCAGCAUUUGGCGAAGUCUGCUGCCGGGCUGGGCCUCAAAGGCUGGCACUCGGACAUCUUGGCUCCUCAGACAUCGGCUACGUCCCUUACCAACAGCUGGUAUUUUGCAACCGAGUCCUCGCAUUUCUACUCUGCCUCCGCCAUCUAUGGGAACAGCACCGCUUACUCUGCCUACAGCUGUAGUCAGCUGCCCACGGGCUGCGACCAAGCCUGUGCUGUGCGCAGGAGGGCAAAGCAGGGUGACCGAGGUGACUCCAGGCGGAGCUGGCAUGAGGAGAGCUCUUUUGAAAAGCAGUUUAAGCGCAGAAGCUGCCAGAUGGAGUUUGGGGAGAGCAUCAUGUCAGACAACAGAUCCAGAGAAGAACUGGGGAAAGUAGGCAGUCAGUCGAGCUUUUCAGGCAGCAUGGAAAUCAUUGAAGUGUCUUGA